AUGAAAGCUUUACCACUGGCAGGUUGGUUCUUUGUCGGCGUUGAAGCGCUCAGCUUAUCCAGCGAUCAAGUGGAUCAACCCAAGAAAAUCGUCCCUAUAGCUCAGGUCUCCUGUGUCCUGACACUGUUCGCCAUAAGUCUCUUCGUUUACUUCGUAACUGCAUCACUGCCGCCCGGUUUAGCCUCGCUGCCAACCGAGUUGGUCCCGUUCAACCGAGGAUUCACGCUCAUGUUUAAUAUUCCCCACCACGUCGCCACGAUCCUGUCGCUUCCGGCAACGUACGCUACCGCGUUUGGGUUCAUGUGGUGCUACGGCAAACUCAUCGCCGCCAUGGCAAUGUCUCGCUUGCUGCCUAAGUUCCUCUCCAAAACCACCAAAGAGCACGAGAGCCCGUACGGCGCCCUCAUCGCGGGAUCAGCCGUCAGCUACGGGUUGUGCAUCGUCUCGUAUUUCGUGCCCGCCGUAGGGAAGAACCUGUUCCGCAUCUGCAUCCUGUCGGCGUUCAUGUCGUACACGGGUCAGUGCAUCGGCUACAUCUCGCUCAAGCGCAACUACAAGAACAUCAAGAGCUCCGAGUUUCAGAGUCCGUUCGGCGUCGCAGGUGCCGUAUACUCGAUGACCAUCUGGAUUCUAGCGACGAUCGCAGUCGUAGCGUUCCAGGACAACGACGGAGUGGAGAUCAUCGCGUUUGGCGUGACUGUGACGCUGCUGACGCUGUUCUACUUCGGAUACUCUCGCACGCGCCAGACGUUCUCAGCGGCGGAGAACCGGGUGAUGCUCGUAGCUCACGUGACGAAGUUUAACGUGAAGAAGGUGGCGGCGGGCAGACAUAAGCGCGGCGCCAAAAAGCCCAGUAGCAAUAGCAAACGCACGGGUGGAACAGAUACGUCGCAUACCGAAAACAAUGGCAAGUGGGGAGUGAUCACCUCCAAAUUCGCCGUGAACUCUACCCCCAGCCACGGCAAAUAG